AUGAGUUUGGAAGAAAGGAACAGGAAGGUAGCGGAAACUUUUGAAAAAUUCAAAAUUGACGAAUGGGGCAAAGACAAAGAUGUUAAGCAUCAAGUGUCUCGUGCGAAGCGCAGCAAAGCGCUCGGUAGCCGCGCCUUCCGCGGCAGCACUGUUUGGUUCACAGGGCUCAGCGGCGCCGGCAAGACCAGCAUUGCAUUCGCACUCGAGGCGUACCUUGUCUCUAAAGGUAUCCCAGCGUAUGGUCUUGACGGAGAUAACAUCAGGACUGGUCUAAAUAAGAACCUGGGCUUCAGUAAAGAAGACCGAGAAGAAAACAUCAGACGUGUGGCAGAGGUAGCCAAACUGUUUGCGGACAGUGGGGUCGUGUGUUUAUGCAGUUUUGUGUCACCUUUUGCUGAGGAUCGUGAGGUGGCUCGUCGCAUCCAUACAGAUUCACAGCUGCCAUUCUUUGAAGUAUUUAUAGACACGCCUCUCGAUGUCUGCGAACAGAGAGAUACUAAGGGUCUCUAUAAGAAAGCCAGGGAAGGACAAAUCAAGGGCUUCACCGGUAUUACCCAGGAAUAUGAAAGACCGGACGCACCGGAGCUGGUUAUACAAACCGUUGGCAGGACCAUCGAGGAAUCCACAAUGGAAGUUAUUUCUCUACUCGAAUCACAGGGUAUUAUACCACGUUACGAGGCGAGGAAUCAAGAAGUGGAAGAAUUAUUUAUAUAUGGCAACCGGCUCAGUAGCGCCAUCGAGGAGGCGGCCACACUGCCGCAGAUACAUCUCACUGACUUAGAUCUGCAGUGGGUGCAAGUACUUUCUGAAGGUUGGGCGUAUCCACUCAAAGGAUUCAUGCGAGAAACAGAAUACUUACAAGCUCUGCAUUCGAACUGCCUGACGCUGGCGGACGGUUCCGUGGUGAACCAGUCGGUGCCGGUGGUGCUGGCGGUGUCCACCAGUGUGAAGGAGCAGGCGAGCGGGGCGGCGGCGCUGGCGCUGGUGCACGCGGGGCGCGCGCUCGCCAUACUGCGCGCUCCUGAGUUCUACCCGCACAGGAAGCAGGAGAGAUGCUGCAGGCAGUUCGGCAUAUACCAUACUGGACAUCCUUAUAUCAAGAUGAUCGAGGAGUCAGGCGAGUGGCUGGUGGGGGGCAAGCUGGAGGUGUUCGAGCGCAUCAUGUGGCACGACGGCCUCGACUCGUACCGCCUCACCCCCAACCAGCUGCGCCGCAAGUUCCUGCAGCUCGGAGCUGAUGCUGUCUUCGCCUUCCAGCUCCGCAAUCCCAUCCACAACGGACACGCACUGCUGAUGCAGGACACACAUCGCCAGCUCCUAGAGAGAGGCUUCAAGAAACCUGUGCUCUUACUGCAUCCAUUAGGCGGGUGGACGAAGGACGACGACGUGCCGCUGCAGGUGCGCAUCUCUCAGCACAAGGCGGUGCUGGCGGAGCGCGUGCUGGAUCCUGACUCCACCGUGCUCGCCAUCUUCCCCUCGCCCAUGAUGUACGCCGGACCAACGGAGGUACAAUGGCACGCGAAGUGUCGUAUGAACGCGGGCGCUAACCACUAUAUAGUGGGUCGUGACCCCGCCGGCCUCCCGCACCCUGAGGGUAGCGGCGACCUCUACGACCCUCGCCACGGAGCCAUGCUGCUCACCAUGGCGCCCGGACUCAACGAUCUUGAGAUAAUUCCAUUCCGUGUGGCGGCGUACGACACCUCGGUGGGCAAGAUGGCCUUCUUCGACCCCACCAGGAAACAGGACUUCGACUUUAUAUCCGGCACCAGGAUGAGAGGCCUAGCUAAAGCCGGCAAGGAACCGCCCAAUGGCUUCAUGGCGCCCUCCGCAUGGAAAGUAUUAUCAGAAUAUUAUCAAUCUAUCAAAUCUAAAAUGGACACAAAUUAAUACGUAUAUCAUUUCCUAUUGGAAUACAAAAAGUACGGUGAUACUUAAGUAUUAAAUAUUUUCAUUUA